AUGACACAGAAUACAACAGACGAUCGUUUAACAAAUUAUACAGAGGAAGAACUCGAAAAAUUAUCAGUUUCAAAAUUAAAAGAACUUAUUGUCAAUGCAGGUGGUAGUCAUGCAUCAUGUUUUGAAAAAAGUGAAAUUAUAGAAAGAGCUAAAACUAUACGUGCAUCAAUGCAAUCAAUAGUUAAGCCAAACCACGAAACUGUACGUGAAGUUAAAAUCGAUUAUUAUGAAUUAUUAGGAAUCGAAAAAACUGCAACUAAAAAUGAAAUUACUAAAGCCUAUUAUAAAUUAGCAAAAGAAUACCAUCCAGAUAAAAAUAAGAAUGAUGCAUAUGCCGAAGAAAUGUUUAAGAAAGUUAGUGAAGCCUAUCAAGUUUUAUCAGACCCAGAAAAAAGAAAGAGAUAUGAUGAAUAUGGUAUGGAUUCUGUCAAUGAAAUGGAAAUUGACCCAAUGGAAUUAUUUAGAAUGAUUUUUGGUGGUGGAUUAUUCCAAAAUUAUUUUGGUGAUUUAUCAUUUUAUGAAGUAUUUUCAAAACCAAUGGACGAAUCACCAGAGGCACAACAAAGAAUGCAAGAGGAGGCAAUUAAAAAGAGAGAAGAAAGGGUUAAAGAACUUUCUAAACACUUACUUAUUUUAAUUGAGCCAUAUGUACAAGGCAAUAAACAAGAUUUUGAAAAAAUGAUGGUCGAUCAAGCAAAAGAGAUGGCUAUGGCACCAGGUGGCCAAGAUUUACUUUCACUUUUAGGUUAUAUUUAUAUUCAAGAAGCAAAACAACACUCAUUCUUUGGUUUUAUUCACGAAAUCUCCGAAAAAGGUCACAAAGCUAAAGAAAUGAUUUCAACUAUUUCUGCAGCCGUUAAAAUGCAAAAAUCAUUACAAGAAGAAGGAUUGAACGAAUCAGAGUCAAUUCCACAAAGCAAACAAGAGAAUAUGUUGAAAGAAGGUUUGAAAUUAAUUUGGAAGAUUGGUAGAUUAGAUAUUGACAGUAUUGUAAGAGAAGUCUGUGAAACAGUUUUAGCCAAAGGUGUUGAAAAGAAGACAUUAAAACUUAGAGUUGAUGCCGUCAAAUCUUUAGGUAAAAUUUUUGAAAAAUAUGGUAAACCAAGUAAUGAUAUGAAUGAUUUAUUUUCAAAAUUAUCCCCACCAAUGAACUCACCACCACAACAACAACCAAAUGUAACAUCAACUACUUCAACUACAUCCACUACAUCAACAACGUCAACAAACCCAACAUCACCAAAAUAA